AUGGCCGAGGAGAAACCAAAGGAAGGAGUCAAGACUGAGAACAGUGAUCAUAUUAAUUUGAAGGUGGCGGGACAGGAUGGUUCUGUGGUGCACUUUAAGAUUAUGAGGCAUACACCACUUAGUAAACUGAUAAUGAAAGCUUAUUGUGAACAACAGGGUUUGUCAAUGAGGCAGAUCAGAUUCCGAUUUGAUGGACAGCCAAUCAAUGGAUCAGAUACACCUGCACAGUUGGAAAUGGAGGAUGAAGAUACAAUUGAUGUGUUCCAGCAGCAGAUGGGUGUCUUCUAA